GGCGAGUCACGAUGAUGGCGGCCACCAUCCUGUGGUGAGCUAGCGGAUUCUCUGCAGGUCUCACAGAGCCCCUCGCGCUUCCUGCAGACUCGGGGGCUGGCGGCGGGCGCGUGAGGAAGCACGGCGGCCGGAGCUCGCGGGAAAGGCCGGAGUCGCGGAGGCAGCGGCGCGGCCCGGGCCUCGGACUGGGGGAGAGGCCGCUCCGCAGGGCGAAUGUGACAAGCCCCCACCCCCACCGCCUUCCUCCAGAGAGCGCGAGGAGCGCGGGCGACCCCAGGGCCGGGCCAGGCCACAGACCCCGCCCAGCGGCCAGCACCCGGCGGAGGCCCGGCAGCGGAGCUGCGCGGCGGCACCAUGCAGGUCACCCUGAAGACCCUUCAGCAGCAGACCUUCAAGAUCGACAUCGACCCCGAGGAGACGGUGAAAGCACUGAAAGAGAAGAUUGAAUCAGAAAAGGGGAAAGAUGCCUUUCCAGUAGCAGGUCAAAAAUUAAUUUAUGCAGGCAAAAUUCUCAAUGAUGACACUGCUCUCAAAGAAUACAAAAUUGAUGAGAAAAACUUUGUGGUGGUUAUGGUGACCAAACCCAAAGCAGUGACAACACCAGCACCAGCUACAACUCAGCAAUCAAAUUCUGCCACCACUACUGCAGUUAGUUCCUCCACAGCAACAGCUGUAACUCAGGCCUCAACACCUGCCCCUGCUUUGGCUCCCACUUCCACACCUGCGUCCAUUGCUCCAGCAUCAACGACAUCUUCUGAACCUGCACCUGCUAGUGCAACUAAGCAAGAGAAACCUGCAGAAAAGCCGGUAGAGACACCAGUGGCUACUAGUCCAACAUCAACUGACAGUACAUCAGGAGAUUCGUCUCGGUCAAACCUUUUUGAAGAUGCAACAAGUGCACUUGUGACAGGUCAGUCUUACGAGAAUAUGGUGACUGAGAUCAUGUCAAUGGGCUAUGAACGAGAGCAAGUAAUUGCAGCCCUAAGAGCCAGUUUCAACAACCCUGACAGAGCUGUGGAGUAUCUUUUAAUGGGAAUUCCUGGAGAUAGAGAAAGUCAGGCUGUGGUUGAGCCCCCGCAAGCAGCUGGUACCGGAGCUCCUCAGUCUUCAGCAGUGGCUGCAGGUGCCGCAACUACAACUGCGACGACGACGACAACUAGUUCUGGAGGACAUCCCCUUGAAUUUUUACGGAAUCAACCUCAGUUUCAACAGAUGAGACAAAUUAUUCAACAGAAUCCCUCCCUGCUUCCAGCAUUGCUACAACAGAUAGGUCGAGAGAAUCCUCAAUUACUACAGCAAAUUAGCCAACACCAGGAGCAUUUUAUUCAGAUGUUAAAUGAACCAGUUCAGGAAGCUGGCAGUCAAGGAGGAGGAGGAGGUGGAAGUGGCAACGCAGGAAUUGCAGAAGCUGGAAGUGGUCAUAUGAAUUACAUUCAAGUAACACCUCAGGAAAAAGAAGCUAUAGAAAGGUUAAAGGCAUUAGGAUUUCCUGAAGGACUUGUGAUACAAGCAUAUUUUGCUUGUGAGAAGAAUGAGAAUUUGGCUGCCAAUUUUCUUCUACAGCAGAACUUUGAUGAAGAUUGAAAGGGACUCUUUUGUAUCUCACACUUCACACCAGUGCAUUACACUAACUUUGUUCACUGGAUUUGUCUGGGAUGACUUGGGCUCAUAUCCACAAUACUUGGUAUACGGUAGUAGAUGGUUGGGGGUGGGGAGGGAGGGAUCUAGGAUACAGGGCAGGGAUAAAUACAGUGCAUGUCUGCUUCAAGUAGCAGAUGCUGCAGAUCCACACAGUGUGUAAAAUAGGAUACAACCAAAAAAUCAGCUUUUGCAGGUCUUUAUUUCUUCGAUAAAGCAGUAGGUAACUUUUCCUAGGUUUCACUCUUUUUAGUGUACUAGAUCCAGAAAUUUAGUGUAAUGCCCUGCUUUAUAUUUCUUUGACUUAACAUCAGUUUCAGAAAGAGUCUUUGCUACCUAGAAUUUCAUUCUCUGUUCAUGGCAACACUGGAUUCAUGGCUUUGUGAAAUUGAAAAAAUUUUGGAGCAACUACAAACAGAAAUGCCAAGUUAUUGAUGGUUGUUGCUGCUUCACAUAAGUAUAAAAUUAAUAUGUAAGAAAGCCCAUCUUCCAUGUUAAAUACCUGGGGUGGGGGAGGGGAAGAAAGGGAACCUUUUCUUAAAAAUGAAAAUAAUUACUGCUAUUUUAAAAUUUGCUGAUCAUUGAGUUGAAUGUGAGACCCUUCUAACAUGAUUUGAGGAGCUGUACAAGUAUAGGCAGAGUUAUUUUCCUGUUUACAUUUUUGUUUUGUUUUGUUUUGGGGAAAAAUUGGUAGGUGUCUAAUUACUGUUUACUCUAUUGUUAUAUUGCAGUAAAAGUUUUAAAACAACCAUUGCAUGUUUGCUUUUGGUGUAUCCCUUUGUGAAAUUAGCACUUUCGGGGCCAAUGGAGAAAUGCAGCAUUCACUCUUCCUCUCUCUUCCCCUUUGUUCAGCAGAAAUGUGUUUAGGAACAAGUCAUAAGCCAAACUACUGCCUGUUUAAAAAACCCACAGAAUGCUGAUCCGGUUCAGGAUUAAUACAAAUGUUCAAAACUGGGUUUCUGAUACUUGUAAAUGUUGUGCUUUAUUAGAUAAGAAUGUAUUACCAUUAAAGUCAUUAGUAUUAUACUGCUUUCAAAAAGAGAAGAUAGACAAAACUGUAAGCCAGCAUUUUAAUUGCAUUGAAGACUGGUGAGAUCUUUGGAAGGGUUGGGAGAUGUGACUGGAAAGUACUUUGGAAAAUAUACAAUCAAGAUAUCUCAUGGCGUAUUAAAAGAAAGAUCGCAAUAGCAGUGUUGGUUUUUAUUUGGAAUUUUUUUUUUCAAAUUCAGUUUUUUUCUUUGGACUCUCCAUUGGCACUGUCAUUUCAUCAUGAGAGGGGCCGUGCCUACUUGUUCAGUUUAUCAAAUCUGUUUUCCUGAGUAUAAACAGUCUAUUUAAGGAAAUAUUUUUUUUCUGCCAUCUGAUAUUAAGAUGAAUUUGCACAAAUAUUUCCCUGCGUAUAUUCUCUUGCAGUGUCCCUAGCACAGUUUGGUGGUGGCUUUUCAGCUUUUACAUCAUGCGUUCAUAACCUGUCUCUUAUGAAAAUAAACAAAACUCUUGAUUUUCCUUCGCAGUGUAUCAUGUUUAAUUUUUAAGUGUUUAUUUCAUAAACAUAGCAAGCUUUUGGACUCCGUGUUACCUGUUUGCUUUAUAAUGAAUUAUGCAUAAUGUCUCGAGAAUGAGAUGAGGAUUCAUAAAGAUGUUCAUCUUUCAAGGCAAUGAGUUGGCAAGGGGGUGACAUUUCUGGUCAGAUAAUGGAAUACACUCAAUUGUUUUGUGACAGUUUUUAUGUGCUACUUUAUUGCUCAGUGCAUUGUGAAAACUGGAAACAAACAGCAGCCACUUCUUUGGAAAGUGACAGCAGAAGUUGGUGACAUGGAGCAUUUGUCCUUGGACAACGGAACUACAGAUAGAAUUGAUAAUUACCAGAAGACAGCUCAGGCCAAGUUUUGAUCAUUCUUUACAGUACCUCAGCUGAGGCACCAUACAAGAAAUGGGCUUUUGGUACCUUUUGCUGUUAUUGUUUAAUUUACAAAUAGAUUUUGCUAAAUCUCAAUGUAAGUGGCUGUUUGACUUUGGAAUUUUGCAUUCACGGUAUACUGUCAUCUAUUUCUUGAAUUUUUAAUUGUUCAGUUGCUCUGUGGAAAAUGUGAGGAAGCUAAAGUUUAUAUUUGUGAAAUUCUGUGCCAUCCUCUAGUCAAAUAUUUCUUUUUGUUUAAAAAUACUGAAGUGUUCCACCGUAUAAAUUUUUCCUGUACUAGAUGGCCAAGAUUCUAGAGAUUUGAUUAUAAAAUAUUUUCAAUACA